CCUCAAUUUAUAUCAGUGUUUCUAAGGCACGUGGUCAGUAGGUUGACAUAUCAGUUACCGGAAUAAAGGAAUAACAGUAAUAAAAUGUUUGCAAAAAAUAUUAUUUUAAUUGUUCUAUUAGGCAUUUUUCCUGUCAGUUAUGGAAAAUCUGGAUUUGGUUCUGGUGAACAGGAAUGGGGUUACGUGAAUGUUAGGCCAGAUGCAGAAAUGUUUUGGUGGCUUUAUUAUACAACUGCGAAUGUAUCGAAUUAUUUUGAAAAGCCAUUAGUAAUUUGGUUACAAGGUGGUCCAGGGAUGUCAUCAAGUGGUUUUGGAAAUUUCGAAGAAAUCGGUCCUCUUGAUAGUAAUGUAACAGAUAGAAAUAAUACUUGGGUAAAGGAAUAUAAUGUAUUAUUUGUCGACAAUCCUGUGGGAGCUGGUUUUAGUUAUACUACAACAAAAGAUGCACUCACACGAACAAACAAGCAAAUUGCACUUGACCUUUUGGUAUUUAUUAAAAACUUUUUAGAAAACUUCCCAAAUUUUGCUAAUGUAUCCACUUACAUUAUUGGCGUAUCCUAUGGGGGUAAAAUGACUGUUGAAUUUGCAUAUUUAUGGUACAAGGCUCAAGAGAAAGGUGAAAUUAAUAGUAAUUUAAAAGGAGUUGGACUUGGAGAUUCUUGGAUUUCACCAAUUGAUUCUGUUUUGACUUGGGCUCCAUUCUUAUUGGAGACUGGUAUGGUUGACACCGAAGGUUACCAACAAAUUAUGAAGUCUGCGAAUAAAACAAAAGUUGCUGUAGAAAAAGAAGAAUGGAAAUUAGCAUUUGAUCUAUGGAUGGAUACUGAGCAAGAAAUUAUAAAUGUCACAAAGAGUAUAAGCUUCAAUAAUAUUUUGGAUAAGUCUAGUGUUAACGAAUCUACGUUUAGUAACGAUCUUGAAGAAUUGAUGAACUCUAAAGUAAAAGAGGCACUUAAGUUAAAUUCUACUUUUAAUAAUCAAUUCUCUGAAGUAUUCACCACUCUUUCAGAAGAUUUUAUGAAGCCAACAACAGACAUAGUGGAACUCCUUCUAAAUAAAACUGAUAUUAAAGUUUUUGUAUACACUGGUCAAUUAGAUCUCAUUGUCGAUACACCAGGAACUCUUAUUUGGGUGGAAAAACUGCAAUGGGAUAAUGCUGAAAGAUGGAGAAAGGCUCCUAGAAAACCAGUAGUGGUAAAUAAUAUCAUUGAAGGUUAUGUUAAAGCUUACGGAAAUCUAAAAAUGUAUUGGAUUAAUAGAGCAGGACACAUAGUUGCAAAAGACAAUCCAGUAGGUGUAGCAUCAAUGCUGAAAGACCUUACUAGCAAUAGUUAAAAGUUUUAUGAUAAUUACAAUCAUUGGUAGAAAUAUUUCAAAAUAUAAUGUAAUUAGUGAAUUUUGUUGUAAAUAAAUAUGAGAUUAUAAUUUAUUCUACAAAAGUA